AUGACCAUGAGCUCCGUCACCGAGAGCUUAUUGGGCUCCGACCCAUCCAAAACUUCUUUCCUGGAGCUCGGCCACCCCUCUCCUCCGCAUUACCCGCUGCACGGCCUCCACCCCGCCGGCCACCCCCAGCACGACCCGUCGCCCUUCUCCUCCUACAGCCGGCCCGGUUCCUAUCCUUACUCCGGCGGUCCUCCCCCCCCGCCCCACGGCGGCCCCUACCUGCCCUACCCGCCCCAGCAUCCCCCGGCCGGGCUGGCCCACGGCGCCGGGCUGCAGGACGCAGAACCCAACAAGCCUCCGCCAGUGGCCAACGGCGAGCUGCGCCUCAACGGCAAGGGGAAGAAGCUGCGCAAACCACGCACCAUCUACUCCAGCCUGCAGCUGCAGGCCCUCAACCAACGCUUCCAGCAGACCCAAUACCUGGCGCUGCCCGAGCGCGCCGAGCUGGCGGCCCAGCUGGGGCUCACCCAGACCCAGGUCAAAAUCUGGUUCCAGAACAAGCGCUCCAAGUACAAGAAGAUCAUGAAGCAGGGCUCGAGCGCACCCGAUGGGGAGCAGCACCUGCACACCUCCUCCUCGCUGUCCCCCUGCUCCCCCAGCAUCCCCCCGCUCUGGGACAUCCCUGUGCCAGGCAAAGGGCCCCCACUGCCCCCCAGCAACUACAUCAGCAGCUUUGGAGCCUGGUAUCAGCCUCACCCUCAGGACUCCGUGCCCCGUGGUCCCAUGAUGUGACACCACUACGGCUGCAGCACCCAGCGGAUCCGGGAGGGCCAGCGAGGGGGGGACGUGCCUCCGAGCCCUGAUGGGCGAUGCUAUGGGGGACCCCAGCAAAUGGAGGAUGAAGAAGAGGAGGAGGAAGGCGACCCCUGUCUGCAGGGACCCCCACUGUGGGCUGAAGUGAGAUGUCCCCGGCACAGAGCCCUGGUACGGGCGGGACAGGA